AUGAUUACCCCCAGCAGUGAUUUCACCUGUACUGUUGGUUUGGGUUUGGGGUUAUUGUCUAUUUAUUAUCAGAAGCCUCAUCGUUACAGGCCUGGUACCGUAGCUCUGAGGGAGAUUCGUCGUUAUCAGAAGUCGACCGAGUUGCUGAUCCGCAAGCUGCCCUUCCAGCGCCUGGUGAGAGAAAUUGCUCAGGAUUUCAAGACCGAUCUCCGUUUCCAGAGCUCUGCCGUCAUGGCCUUGCAGGAGGCUAGCGAGGCAUACCUGGUCGGCCUGUUCGAGGAUACUAACUUGUGCGCUAUCCACGCCAAGAGAGUCACCAUCAUGCCCAAGGACAUCCAGUUGGCCCGCCGCAUUCGCGGAGAGCGUGCUUAAACUGCUCGCUCGGCGUAAUAUCCCAAAAUACCCAAAGGCUCUUUUAAGAGCCACCUAAAUUGUUUCGCUGCAAAAUGAGCAAGUCGCCUUGGCAACGCUUC